GGUACCCAACAAGUACCAAUUGAUUUAUUGCUAAUACUUCGGGUUGCACAACAUUUGGCUCUUUUUGAGAUGACCUCAAUCCCUCUGGACUUUUAUAAGAACGUGGGCUUGGCAAUCAUCCAACAGAAGUCUGCUAUUAACCAUUGAGAAAAGGGAGAGAAACAAGUUCAAGACCGCUGUAAGGCAUUAUGUGUCGGCCAGAGUUCAGAACUGAGCGCAGUCAGAGAGACAACCGACUGGGCCGCUUCAGUAUCACCGGAAUCGAUGAAGUCACAUGGCUGAUUCGAGAACAUGAUGCCUUCGGAGAAUACCCUCAUAUUUACGCCAGGAUUUGUUCGACACGUGACAAGGGAGGCAGCAGAACCAGUCUGGUAGUUCUCAAUGACACAGGAGUCGGUACAAUAGCUGAAAAUCACGAGGCUCCUUGUGGUUCUUCGGUCUGGACCAUUAGAAACUUCAUUGAUCAUCAUCUGAACCCUUCGAAAGAUAUACCAUAUUUGAUUAUACUAUCCCAUUGCCACUAUGAUCAUAUACUCGGCCUACAAAACUUCCUGUCGCCCGAUCAGGGAGAAGGCGAACGAGUGACAUCAGAGGACACUGAUGUUACUAUCAUGUCUUCAUCAUUCCAGAAAUCAUUCCUGAUACCCCAUGGAAGUCUUGAAGAGCAUUCACUUUGCAAAGCCAACCACCUCAAUACUCCGCGAUUUGUGCCAGAUAUAUGGGCUCUCGAUGAGCAGCGUUUAGUCUACAAACACAAAAUGGGAGCUGAUAUGACAUUGCCUAUCAUCACAAUACACACCCCAGGACACACGCCUGAUAGCCUCAGCUGGUACGAUGAAGAGACAAGAAGACUCUACGUGGGCGAUAGCCUUUACCAACAAGAGACCGAUUACUCCCGAAACGCUCCUUGGGGCCGGGAAGCUGCUGCACCGAUCAUAUUCCCCAACGAGGGAAACAUCUUACAGUGGUGGAGGAGCGUCGAGAAACUCGAAACUUUUGUCAAGGAGGAGAAUGUGCUUGGAAAACCUCGCGUCACCCUCGCGGCCGGGCAUGUUACUGCUCAAGUCGAUGCCGCUGGGUGUCUCAAGAAUGUGAAAUCAUUCAUUGCCGCAGUCCUUCGUGGCGACGUGCCGUGUCGGUCUCUGCCGGACAAGCGAGGAAAAGCCACGGGGUAUUGGGCAUUCGAUGCAGAUGAGCCUGGCAAAGGGCUCACUGAGUUCAGCGUCGUGGCUCCCUUGUUUGUGAUUGAAGAGGGACGAGGAUCGGUCCCGCCGGCCGAAUGGCUUCCGACGGAAAACCAAAGUACUACAUGAAACCUUAAGAGAUUAUUGGUGACGCCCCAAGUUAUCACAUAUAUUAGUGCAGCCAAUCUCAACAUCAUUCAUAGAUACCAGUACAUCACUUGUCGUCAUUAAAU